UUCUGAAUUUUUCUGCAACUUAUAUGAGACGUGUAUAAUUCCAUUACCUUGAUUGAACUCCUCCGCCGCCGCCACCGUUGAUUCUCACCUCAAAUUGAGCAACAGCGCAAUCACCACUUCCCUCUCACCUGAAAAAAAAAAUGAGCUGGUCGCUGCAUCUCCCCCUCAACAACGCCGCCCCCCACCGCUCGCUGACCUCCAGGCCCGCCAAUUACUUCGCGGCCUGCCUCAAUGUGGACACGCGCGCGCCCGAUUCCGACCAGGCCAGGCCGCUCAAGGGCAGGCGGAGCUCGGAAGUAAUCGCCGACGAGAAGAAAUUCAUCGUGGGGACCUACGCUAGGGCGCCGGUGGUGCUGGAGAGCGGCAAGGGCUGUCGAUUGUACGAUGUGGAAGGGCGGGAGUAUCUGGACCUCACCUCGGGGAUCGCCGUCAAUGCCCUCGGCCAUGGGGAUUCGGAUUGGCUCCGCGCCCUCUCGCAGCAGGCUGAGGCGCUCGCGCAUGUCAGCAAUGUUUACUACUCUCUUCCGCAGGUAGAGCUUGCAAAGCGGCUGGUUACCAGCUCUUUUGCUGAUCGUGUAUUCUUCUGCAAUUCCGGAACUGAGGCCAAUGAAGCAGCAAUUAAGUUUUCAAGAAAGUUCCAACGACAUUCAAGUCCAGAUAAAACUGACCCUCCCAUGGAGUUCAUCGCCUUCUCAAACUGCUUCCACGGUAGAACAAUGGGUGCUCUCGCGUUAACGAGCAAAGAGCACUACAGGACGCCGUUCCAACCUGUCAUGCCCGGGGUCACUUUCUUAGAAUACGGUGAUACUCAAGCAGCAGUGGAGAAGAUUCAGAGCGGAAAGGUUGCUGCGGUGUUUGUGGAGCCAAUCCAAGGCGAAGGUGGUAUAUACAGCUCCACGAAAGAAUUCUUGCAAUCCUUGCGAACUGCCUGUGACAAAGCUGGGUGCCUUCUUGUAUUCGACGAGGUACAAUGUGGCUUGGGUCGAACAGGCUAUCUCUGGGCUCACGAAGCUUACAAUGUAUACCCCGAUAUAAUGACUCUUGCCAAGCCUCUAGCUGGAGGUCUACCCAUCGGUGCUGUCCUGGUGACCGAACGGGUUGCUGCUGCCAUCGAGUAUGGAGACCAUGGCAGCACAUUUGCAGGCAACCCUCUCGUCUGCAGUGCUGCGAUCACGGUUCUUGACAAAAUAGCGGAUCCGAGCUUCUUGGCCAGUGUUACUGAGAAAGGUCAGUAUUUCAAAGAUUUACUAGUCUCAAGCAUAGGAGGGAACUCCCACGUGAAAGAGAUUCGAGGCUUUGGGCUGAUCAUCGGCAUAGACCUGGAUGUGUCUGCGUCCCCCUUGGUCGAAGCGUGCCAGCAGUCGGGUCUGCUCGUUUUAACUGCGGGGAAGGGGAACGUGGUUAGGAUUGUGCCGCCGUUGAUCAUAUCCAAGGAGGAAGUGGAUAAAGCUGUUGGGAUCUUGAAGAAAUGCUUUCAUGUUCUUGAUGAGGCUACCUGCACUUAGCUGCCAUUGAAAUUGCCUUCAUUUGUAGUAUCAUUUUCUUCACCUUUUCUUGGAUUUUGAGGUUUGGAAUUGUAAUAUGUUGUCUAAUUAUGUGCUUCCAUAUUAUACUAUAUGGAGUACUAUAGUAGUAUUUGAUUUCUGAAACGUGUAGCAAUAAUGUCUUGAACUUUUAUAUUGAAAUGAAGCAUAUGAUGAAAAUUUAAAUUAAAA